AAAUAAAUCAGAAAAUGGUGGAUGGGCUAAAGAUGAGGAGGUGCGCCAUUUUAUUGGGAAAUUAGGGGACAUCCAGGGUAUGGAUUCUUUCAACACAUUGCCCACAUCCAGGUGUAGUGCCACCAGAUGAUAUGUCAAGAUAUGUAUCAGAUUGUUUAUAUUGUUUUAUUAUUAUUUUUUUUUAACGUCAGACCAAAAUGACUGAACCCUUUUAGGAAACUGCCUGUGCCAUCCUUAAAGCAUUUAGAUAUUUUUUCUCCCACGCUUUUUUGCAGGAUAGUUUCAGCCAAAUUGGAGGGCUAUUAAGCACGAACAGCCUGUUUAGGGCUCUCCAUUUCUCCAAAUAAUCAGAGUUUAACGAGGCCACCCACAAACAGUUUUAUUUUUUCAUUUAAAAACCACGAUUCUCUUGCUGCUUAGAGUUAGUAAUAAAAUGAUUUCCGGCCACACUCCAUCGGGCUUCUAUAGUAGGAUGCAGGAUUUAUGGAGUAUGGCACGCUGAACAUGUAGAAUGUUUUUUAUUAUUAUUAUUACCAACCUAAAAAUCACAAACUGUAAUGUGCAGUAGAUGAACUCUGAUCUGAAGUGAGGCUCCUCCCACAGCGCGCCUCCCUUCUGAAAAAUAUGACCUUUUGCUGCAUUCAAGCUCCCAAGUGCGUUGUAUUUUUAAUGCUCACAAGCACAGGAUUAAUGAUUUAAAAAAUCUAUCUGCCAGCUGCUGUGACAUACAUUGUGUUUCUUUAUUCGGAUGAAUACCUAACAUGUACACGGUCAGUUAAAUUUUAACUGCAUAUUAUAGAUUCUUGUCAUGCAGUUUGACGCAUAAAUGAUUACGAGCUUAUAAACGUAGCAGAGUAGGUGGCCCUUUCACACAUGCCAUAAUUUGCUUAAACAUCAGACAUGUUUUCAUUUUGGAGAAACUUAGGUUUAACUCGUGCAGCAGGGGUUUUCUUUGCCUUUCCCCGACAAGCUUUGGGUCAGUGCAGGAGCCGAACUGGAGGGUGCUUAAUUCCGAACCGAGACAGCUCCGGGAGCCGAUAUAAUGUUCCACCGAGCGCCGAGUUUGUUGCACGGGUGUCUGGGAUCUCCACCAUGGCCAAGUUACCUUAUCGGGAGACGGCCGACGGGCUGGACGCGGCGUUCAUUGGUGUUCCGAUUGAUACUGGGACUUCGAACCGGCCAGGGGCAAGGUUUGGUCCACGCCAGAUCAGAGCAGAGUCUGCCUUGCUGAGGGCUUACAACAGUGGCACCAGGGCAGCGCCUUACGAGUCCCUGAUGGUUGCUGACAUCGGGGACGUAAACGUUAACUUGUACGAUUUGAAAGACACCUGUAAGCGCAUCACGGAGGCCUACAGAAAAAUCCUGGCCACUGGCUGUAUCCCUCUGACUUUGGGUGGCGAUCACACUAUUGCGUACCCAAUACUGCAAGCUGUAGCAGAGAAGCAUGGCCCUGUGGGUUUAGUCCAUGUGGACGCUCAUGCAGACACCAGUGACGUGGUUCUGGGGGAGAGGAUCGGCCACGGCACCCCGUUCAGACGCUGUGUGGAGGAGGGGCUCCUGGACUGCCAGCGGGUGGUCCAGAUCGGCCUGCGAGGCAGCGGGUACUCAGCGGACUCGUACGAGUGGAGUCGGGCUCAGGGUUUUCGUGUGGUCCAGGUGGAAGAGUGUUGGUUCAAGUCUCUCUCGCCUCUAAUGUCUGAGGUGAGGGCUCAGAUGGGCGUUGGGCCGGUUUACCUCAGUUUUGAUAUCGACGCUCUUGAUCCAGGUUUUGCUCCUGGAACAGGAACACCGGAGAUAGCAGGACUCACUCCCAUACAGGGAGUUGAGAUUAUCCGAGGCUGUCGGGGUCUUAACCUUGUUGGAUGUGAUCUAGUGGAAGUUUCUCCACCUUAUGACACUACAGGAAACACAGCCUUGACUGGGGCCAACCUCCUCUUUGAAAUGUUAUGUGUUUUACCAAAAGUGAAAUACUACUGACCUGGAUGUAAUAUUUGGUGCUGCUUUUUAAAUUUUUAAAUAUUAUCAAAGGUUAACUUGGGUGCAAUUCUGUUUUAAAAAAUAAAUUUUCAUUUCCGAUCCAGUCUUAUUUGAAUUGUAAUUAAAUGUUAUACUUUGAUAAUUACAUAUAUUAGCAAUUUAACAUGAGCUGGAGCUCUUUCUCCUGUAAAGAACCUUAAAGUGACAUUUGUUGGGAAUUGGCUAAUAAAAUAAACUGAACUGGACUUAAUGGAGAUGUUUAA